UUGUUGCAGCUAUGGAACGGAAAGCAAUUAAAAGAGUUUCGAUAAUAAUUCUUUUAAUGGUUAACCGUAGCUCAAUAGUGAUGUGCAGUGGUCAAAAUGCAUUAUGUGAGGAUCAGCUAGAAGCAAUACGCUCUGGAUUUAACGAUAAGAAAAGUUGGGCUCUAGAAUUGUUCGAUUCAUGGGGAACCUGGCCAUCUGGUCAGUUUUCGGGGAAUCAGUAUGAUUUUGGAAGCUUUGAUCAGUGUCUAGGGUACAGUUACAAUCACGUGGAUGUCGGACUGAUUCGCGGUAAAUAUUGCAUAGUCGUAUUACCGCGAUUAUUAGAUAACUUAACAGAACAAAAUCGGUUCUUUGUGGACAUGAAAGGUAUCGAUGGAGUCGGAAUUGGAUCUUGCUUUCCAAACACAUGCAACGAAGAGCAGCAUCUUCAUAAGUCAAUGGAACGCCUGAUUGAAAUGCGAUUUGGCAUAGUUUCCGAUCAUUUAACUAUUUAUUGUGAAAACAAUUCUGCUUCAUUAGGAACAGCAGAAGUAACGGCGAUAAUUUUAUUUUCACUAAUCUUCGGUGCCGUGAUUGCUAGUACCAUGUACGACGUGUUUGGAAUAUUGAACGGAAGGAAACAAACCGCUUGUCUAACAACCUUUUCUGUUUAUUCCAAUUGGGCGAAGCUCACCAAAAUAACAGAAACCAAGCAGGAUCAGGGUAGUAAAUCUGAGAUAAUCGAAUGUCUUCAUGGUGUGCGUGUUUUAGCGAUCAUGUGGAUAAUAUACGGACACUCGUAUAUGUUGAUGAUGUCAGCACCUCUUAUAAAUCCGGCUUCCACGAUUGAAUGGACAUCGUCGUUUUAUAGUGCUCUAGUAAUUGCUGGUCCUAUUUCCGUCGAUACGUUUUUCCUUUUAAGUGGACUACUAAUCUGCUGGAGUAUGUUGAAGGAGCUGGAUCGAAACAAGAAACUAAACGUGUGUCUUCUGUAUGUACAUCGUUAUCUAAGAAUAACACCUGCCUUUGCUGCACUGCUUUUGUUUACUGUUGGAAUAUAUCCACUAGUCAGUUCCGGGCCGGUUUGGAACAGUACAUUGAAAAUCACAGUUGGUAAUUGUAACACAUACUGGUGGUCAGCAUUACUUCAUAUUCAAAACUAUGUGAAUCCAAAUGAAAUGUGCUUAGGUCACUCCUGGUACCUGUCGGUAGACAUGCAACUGUUCCUGCUAUCACCGUUUAUCAUUUAUCCUUUAUGGCGAUGGGGUCAUCGGAUUGCCAUUGCAAUAGCACUGCUAAUCGUUACAUCAAUGGCAUUUAUUUUCAGCGCUACUUUGAAGCAUGACCUUAGAGCAAAUAUAAUGUUUUCAAGCUUAGAACAGGAUCGAUACAGUUACGUGCCGACACACACUCGGAUGGGCGCCUGGUUCGUGGGAAUAGUGCUCGGAUAUAUCUUGCAUAGCACAAAGGAUCAUGUCGUCCAGUUAUCCAAAUCGAAGAUAAUCUUAGGAUGGAUAUCAUCGUUAGCCCUGAUGCUGAUGUGCAUUUUCGGCGGCUAUCCUUUGAAUCAGUUUGAUUCUGAGAAUAACCCUAUAAUAGCCGACGCACUUUAUGAAUCUGCUAAACACGUUAUGUGGGCUGUAAGUACGAGCUGGAUCAUUUUUGCCUGUACAAAUGGAUACGCUGGACCUGUAAACAAAAUUUUGUGUCUCUCGGUUUGGCAACCACUAGGCAAACUAUCGUACUGCAUGUAUUUGGUACAUCUGCCUGUCCAAAUGAUUUUAACCGGCUCGCUGCGAACAGUACGUCAUUUUAGUGAUCUUCAUACAAUACACACAUUCUGGGGUGACUUUAUGUUUACUGCAUUCGUUUCUAUAAUAUGGACACUGUGCUUCGAAAUUCCAUUUGGAAAUUUGGAUAUGUUGUUGCUGAGAAGUAAGAGAAAAGGCGUCAAUAACUAAUUGGACAGUUUGCAAAUCUCUAAGGAUGGAAUAAAUUGAGAAGCACUGAUGUUUAACUGAUCUAUCUACACACUUAAAUUUUUUAGCUGAGUCUCGGCAAAAAAAUGCCGAGAUUCGCACAGCCGAGUAAUCAGCUAUCAUCUCGGCAAAAAUAAAAUUACUGAGCGUCUCGGCAUCCUAAAAUUUGACAAACGUCAAAUAUUGCCGAAAUCGUCAGCAUAUGAUUUACUGUUUGCUCAGUGAAACGUUCACUGAAUAUUCGGCAAUCCAAUAAAACGAAAAAAUGAAAAAAAUAAAUUACCGAAUCAUCAGUAAUUAAAAAUUUAGUCAAUUAAUUUUGUUUGUAUUUUCCCAACAUUAUAAACACGCCAUUCAGGAUAAAAAAUUCAUUUUAUUAUCACUUAAAGGAGGCUUACAAAUUUGUUGCCAGUAGUGCUUAAAGCCUACCUGUAAACAUGUAGCAUAAAUAAAAAGCGGCGUUUCCAGAUGCGGCCACCUUGAGUCGAGCUGGAAAUAUGAAAAUAAAAAUAUAUAUUGAUUUUUGGCUUACAAAAAUGUUCAAUAUUUAAUGAUGCAUAUACGGUAUUGUUCAAAAAAUAAACUUACUUUGAUCUAUUGAAUUAUUCCAUGCAUUGGGUUAUUUUUUCGCAUAUCCCCCAAAGUUUUGUCUCGAGGACGCUUUGAGCCCCGUGUUGGGUGUUUUUCCCUUAUAAUCGCGAGUGCUCUGAUAAAGUCGCUUUUUAUCAAGCGAAACAUGUCACUAUAUUUAUUCAAUAUUUUUACUUGCAAGUGGUUCCACUCUUCUUCGAAGAUUAUCCAUUUUUUUACUCGAGAAUUUCAUUAGAAAAUAAUCGCAAAAUGCGAAGCGAAAAUGUAACGCGGCAAUAAAUGACAGCUGUCGUGCUGAAUCUCGGCAACAGCUAGCGCAUAUUCCGAAAUCUCGGCAAACGUCUCUGCUGAUGUCGGCAUAUCUGUUGUUUACUGAUAAAUUCAGCAAGCAAUUAUGCCAAAUUUCGGCAAAGUGAAGCAUUUUACCGAAAUAUCAGUGAAUGCAUUUAACGAAGCUCAGAAACAUGCGUAUUGAUUACUGAGCAAUCAGCAAAUUUACGUGUUGCUGAUCAGUUUCGGCAUUUUAUUAUGCCGAGCUCAAGAAAUGGUUUUAAGU